ACAUAGUAACUCGUAAGCUGGCACGAGGUGUUAAACCUGUGUUAUAACGACUGUCGUUUUCCGGCCACGCGAGGAUAAAGUAAGUUACAUUACAUUACAAUAUAUGUGUGUGAAGAAUGAUGUAGUACAACUAGGAAGCAAAAGAACAAAUGACUUGGUAGGAAUAUGUAAGCAGCCACAUCAACCUUUCCUGUGGAUCAAUUGAAACUUUGUAGAAUAUGCAAUUCCAGUUGUGUGUAGUGACAGGAUGACAGCUAUGAACAAAUGAAAUGUUUCAGAUAUUAAAUCUAUGCCAAUUGUGAGGAUGAAUGAGGAAAUUCCACAAAUUGAUUUGGAUCUACUGAAAAGUAUAUUUCAAGAGUAUAAAGAUGUUCUGGUUGCUGUCAUCAGUAUUUUUGGAGUACACCGGGCAGGAAAAUCUUUCCUUUUAAAUGUUUUAUGUCAAUAUCUGGUAGAAGAUCAGCCAUCGAAAGGGUUAAAAAAACGCGAACUGGUGAACAUAUUCCACUGGAAAGGAGGAGCUAAAGCUGAUACAACUGGAAUUCAUAUCACUAAUAAACCAUUCAUGUUGGAAAAUGAUAAGGGAGAAACAGUUGCUGUGUUUUUAAUCGACACUCAAGGUUCUUUUGACCAGGAAAUGACCGCAAGUCAAUCCUCAUUUAUUGCUUCACUGAGUACUUACCUUAGUUCUGUGCAAAUCUACAACCUACCAAUGGGAAUAAUAAACGAAAUUGAUUUGCAACAUUUAGAGAUUUUUCUAAAUCAUGCCCGUACCAUCAUGAAGUCUGACCAAAACGACACUGCUGACACAUGUCAAUUUCAAAGUCUGAUAUUUCUGUUGAGAAAUUGGCAAAUAACAGAUUAUAAACCUGGUAGUGAGGGAGGAAUGGAAUACUGGCGUGAAGUGUUAAGUGUGGAAAAUAAAAAGAUGAAAGAGGAAAACAAAGUUGUACGAGAGAAGAUAACUCAAAGUUUUGCUGAUGUUCGAUGUCAUCUGUUGCCACAUCCUGGAAUGAAAGUUACAAAACAAACGGAUAGUGAUUCUGACAAACUUAAACUGUCAGAUCUGGAGGAGGAUUUUCUUGAUGCAGGCGAUGAUCUUGCCAAGUGUUUGUUCUCAAAAGACAAGUUGAUCGUGAAGCAAUUCAACGGGGAACCUUGUACUGGAGAACUCCUUAUUCAGUGUAUAGAGGACUUUAAAAGAAGAGUUGAAAGUGGUAAAAUACCCAAAGUAAACACAAUAUUAAAGAAUAAUGAAAUUGUAGAAUUUCAUGAAAAGAUUUCAGAAAUUGAAUUACAUUAUGAACAAAACAUGGCACAAAAGAUCAAUGACAAAUACGUUGGUUCUGUGAUGUUGGAGCAGCUGCAUGAAAAAUUAUUGAAAAAAGCGUUGGAGCAAUUUGAAAAGUAUAAUAAGUUUGCUAAGGCUGAAAGCUUGGCUUAUCAAAAGCGAAUGGAGCACUUUUUGGAAACUGCCUAUAAAGCAUUUCAGCAUGAAAACAAUUCCAGAAAGGAGAAGGAAAAAAAUUUCAUAGUUGAAAAAGCACAUGGUGCUGGAAUUGUGUGUCUAAAAGAAAUGGAAAAGAUUGCAAAUGGACAAUAUUUGGAGGAUGUUAGUGCAGCAAGAGAAAAAGGCGAAAGCAAAGCAAAGGAAGAUUUUGAAAAAUCUACCAGUAAGUGCAACAUAGACUUGGUGAAGGAAUGUGAAAGUGACCUGAAUUCAGCUAUUCAAUCGAGCCACAAAGACUUUGAAGAAAAAAAUGCCAAACAUCUGGAAAUUCUUGAUGCAAAAUUAGAAGAGCUAUGUCAUGAAUGUAUGUUGUGUUACAAAGAUGAGAUUGAUAAGUUGGUUCAAAGAAACGUAGGAGAUACAGAACUAGAGAGUGCACAUCAAGAUGCAUCAGCACAAGCAAUCGAAAAAUUUAAGGAAUCUGAGAUUGGUAAAGGAUUGCAACGUAAAGAGGAAAAAUUGCAAUCUUUGGAAAACAAAUUAAAGGAUUCUCUUCUAAAAUAUAAGAAUGAUAGAGAACUGCAAAAGCCUGAAGAAAAUAAACAGCUUAUACAGAUAAAAAAAGAAGAAGAAAUAUUUAUAAGAGUCAACAGUGCAUUAUCAAAACAGGCUGUAGUACUUAAGCAAGCUACAAAUAAAUAUAUGGAAGAAUGGGAAUUUAAUAAAGUUAUAACAAGAUGGGAGCAACAAUCAAUGGGAAAAUUCAAUGAUAUUGAAAAUGCAGUAUCACCUGAUGAUGCACUUGAUGAGGCUAAAAAGAGAUUUGAACAAGAAAUUAAACGAAUAGUUAUUGAAGGAAAAAGAAACAAUAAUAUGAUAAAGAACAAAAUCGAGGGAAGACUUAAUGUAUUUUAUGAAGAAUUAUCAUCUGAUUACAUAAAGGAAGUAAAUAAGGCAGCUAAAAUCGCAAAUGAUGUAACUUUAAAAAAGCUGCAUGGGAUGAUCAAAGAAUUUGUAAUUAAAGAAGUAAGAAAUGCCAUUCCCUAUGAAAGUUUACAACAAGAUGUAAUCAACACUGUCGAAGAAAGACUAGAGGAACUUAAAGCAGAUAUGGAUGAGGGUAGGACCACCUUAAAAACUUCAAUAGAAAUAUCCAUUGGCGCCACGGCUGGCUUAUCAAUUGGUAUGAUUUUGGGUCCUGUUGGUGCCUCUGUUGGUGCAGGGAUUGGUGCUGCAGCAGUUGCAGCAUAUGGUGUGGUAAAAAACAUGAAGGCCCUUAACGAUGUUGAUGUUUCCCACUUUCAUUCCAUUACCUACUUGAAAUCUGAAAUACUUGAUAAUUAGUUUUUUUUCUUUAUUGGUUCAUUAGGUUGGAUAUAAUAACCUAUACAGUAUUACUCCUGUGGUUAUUUGAAUAUUAAUUAUUAUGUUACUUAAACAUUUGAACCUUUUCAUAAAUUAGAAACAACUCGCGUGCGCUCUUAAUUUAAAAUACCUAUUGUUUACUUAUUUUUAUGCAAAUACUAUUAUUUACAGAUAACUAAUUGUUUUAUAUUUUGAUUAGUCAGUUUCCACUGCGCAAUAGCUUAUUUUCAAGUAGUCUUGAAUUUAUGAUGCACAUACUUUAUUAGCAAUCGUAGAUUUGCCUCAUACUUGUACAAGUAUGAAAUAUCGCUAUUGUAAUGUUAGAUUGCUUUAUUAUUACCAACUGUAUAUAGUUACAGGGUUUUAUAUAUAUAUUUUGCGAUCAAAGUUCCUUAUUCAAGCUGAAUAAAUUGCAAUCAUUGGAUUAAAA